AUGGUCCGCCCCACCUCCCGCCUACUAAAGACCCUCCAUCCACCUCCUCUCUCACAUGCACCCUCUCCUUCGCCCCUCCUCUACUCCCUCGGCCUCUCUUACGCCUCCAAAUCCUCUCCGCCGUUCGUCCCGCCCAAAUCUGCCUAUCCAACCUCAGGCUUCGCACGUCAGCCCUCAGCACUCGGGAGAUGGGUAGAUGAGAUGCUGCGCCUGCGAGCGGGAAGAGGGGAGCUAGUCGGGGGCGUAGAAGGCGGAUGGACGGAGGAGAUGCAGGAGGAAGUGGGAAGGUGGGGGGCCGGAGAGGAUUUCUUUGGGCUGGUAGACGGGGGAGGGUAUACCCAUCUCUGCCUCUCGGACGGCGUAGGCGGCUGGGCCCCUCAAGCCGAUCCAGCCCUCUUCGCCCAGUCUUUAAUGUAUCACUAUGCUCGCUCGGCCAUACAUAGCCCAAGUACAGCACCAUGGGACCUGCUCAAGAAGGGGUUCGAGGGCGUAUUGGCGGAUGAGAAUGUGGCGAUGGGGAGCGGGACGGGCGUUGGGGUCGGUCUCGGUGAGACGGGGGAGCUGAGGGGUGUGAAUCUAGGUGACUCGGGAGUGACUAUCCUGAGAAGAGAUGAGGAGGUGUAUACUACGCCUGUUCAGACACAUUACUUCAACUGCCCACUGCAACUCACUAAAGCGCCCCUCGGUCAGUCAGACGGUCUCGCGCAAGAUAGACCAGAAGAUGGCUUCCGAUUCCGGUAUGACCUCGAACCAGGAGACGUCGUGAUCAUCUACACUGAUGGCCUCUCCGACAAUCUACCCGCACCACACCUCUCCGCCCUCUCAUCCCGCAUCUCCGCCCUCCUCGCGCACCCUAGCAACACCCACCUCUCCCCUUCCGACCGCGCGGCCGAGAGGGCCCGACUCCUCGCUGAUGCGCUGGUAGGGUAUGGCCGGAUGGCGAUGCAGCGUACGGGCGAGGAGAUGGUCGUGGGUAAAGAUGGGAAGAAGGAGAGGGGAUGGAGGACGCCGUUUGAGGUGGAGGCGGAGAAGGAGGGAUUGAGGUUUCUGGGUGGGAAGGUUGAUGACAUAACGGUCAUGACGGCGGUAGUAUCUGAGCGGAUAUGA